AUGGGCCACACUGUUGUGUGGUUCCGGCCCGUAGGCAAGGGCAAGGGCCCAGCACUGCCAAAAGCUGAAGGGGCCGAACCGGCGGCGGCCGAUGCGCCGCCUGCUGCGGCGGAGCAAGCGGCCGGCGAGGCCGCGCCCAAAGCCGGGAAGGGCCCGAAGGGGCCCAAGGGACCGGCGAAGGGGCCAGGCAAAGGCCCACCAGCGCCGGCAGGGAAAGGUCCUCCGGCCCCUGCUGGGAAGGGUCCAGGUGGGCCCCCUGCCGCGAAAGGCGGCGCGAAGGGCGGCGGCAAGCCCGGCAAAGGCGGCAAGGCAUCGCUGGAGACGAAACCGGCAGUGAAGCCGUCCCAGCCGAUGAAGCCAUUGUGGUGGAACAAGAUGCUCUUUGGAGCCCAGCUACAAAAAGGAGAGACAAUCUGGGAUGAGGUCAAGGACGAGAUGGACAAGCUUCCUAUAGGGGAGCUCACUCUGCGCUUCAGUAAGUCAGCGGUGGCCCAGAAAGAGAAGCCCAAGAAAGAAGAAGGCGAGAAGAAGAAGGAGGAGCUGGCGCUCAUUCGCAUCAUCACAGAUCCACAGAUCGUGGUGGGUAAGGAGGCCUCCCUGCGGAAGCUUCCAGAACCCAGUGAGGUGGCACGGGCCUUGGACGAACUGAAUGACAAGAUCCUGGACAUUGAGAUGCUCCAGGUGGUCAAGGACAAUGCCUGCCCCAAUCCGGCACAGCUGAAGGAGCUUCAGGAA